AUGACAACCUCACUAGAUACGGUUGAGACCUUUGGUCCCACAUCGUACGAUGAUGACAUGGGCCUGCUCUGUGAAAAAGCCGAUGUCGGAGCACUGAUAGCCCAGUUCGUGCCCCCGCUGUAUUCCCUGGUGUUCAUGGUGGGCCUCUUGGGCAACGUGGUGGUGGUGAUGAUCCUCAUAAAAUACAGGAGGCUCCGAAUUAUGACCAACAUCUACCUGCUCAACCUGGCCAUUUCGGACCUGCUCUUCCUCUUCACCCUUCCGUUCUGGAUCCACUAUGUCAGGGAGCGUAACUGGGUCUUCAGCCAUGGCAUGUGUAAGGUCCUCUCGGGGUUUUAUCACACAGGCUUGUACAGCGAGAUCUUUUUCAUAAUCCUCCUGACGAUUGACAGGUACCUGGCCAUUGUCCAUGCUGUGUUUGCCCUUCGAGCCAGGACUGUCACUUUUGGUGUCAUCACUAGCAUCGUCACCUGGGGCCUGGCAGUGCUAGCAGCUCUUCCUGAAUUUAUUUUCUAUGGGACUGAAGAGUUGUUUCCAGAGACUCUUUGCAGUGCUAUUUACCCACAGGAUACAGUAUAUAGCUGGAGGCAUUUCCACACUCUGAGAAUGACCAUCUUGUGUCUCGCUCUCCCUCUGCUCGUUAUGGCCAUCUGCUACACAGGAAUCAUCAAAACGCUGCUGAGGUGCCCCAGUAAAAAAAAGUACAAGGCCAUCCGGCUCAUUUUUGUCAUCAUGGCUGUGUUUUUCAUUUUCUGGACACCCUACAAUGUGGCUAUCCUUAUCUCUACCUAUCAAUCCGUCUUAUUUGGACUUGACUGUGAACGGAGCAAGCAUCUGGACCUGUUCGUGCUGGCGACAGAGGUGAUCGCCUACUCCCACUGCUGCGUGAACCCAGUGAUCUACGCCUUUGUUGGAGAGAGGUUCCGGAAGUACCUGCGCCACUUCUUCCACAGGCACGUGCUCAUGCACCUGGGCAAAUACAUCCCAUUCCUUCCUAGUGAGAAGCUGGAAAGAACCAGCUCUGUCUCUCCGUCCACAGCAGAGCCGGAACUCUCUAUUGUGUUUUAG